AUACACACGCAAAAUUACAAAAUGCAAUCGGAGAUGUAGCUUUUGCUACUUUUGGACAUGGCUUCUCUUUGCCCCACUUUUUUCCGUUUCAUUUUACAAUCUUCAAUCCCACUCUUCUCUCUGUAACAGAACAACCGUUACCGGCGGUUUCCGCCAUGGCUGCCGUCGUUGAUCCACCGCACAUUCUACUCGUAUGCUACCACAUCUGUCCACACAACAAGACGCACAACAACAGAUUCACCAACCAUUACUCCUCUACUCAACUCACCGGUUCGUCUUAUCCAUCUAGGGUUUCGUUCGACUUGUUUCCGAGAAAGCGGCACCGAGCGGUUUCGUUGUCCUUUAGUGGCCGUGAAAUUGCCGACGUUCGUGUUACUGAUAGCGCUAGUAAUGUUCAGUAUAAUCGAUCGGCGAUUGUGGAGAUACCUGUUACUUGUUAUCAGAUUCUUGGUAUUCCUGAUAAAUCAGAGAAAGAUGAGAUUGUAAAGUCGGUGAAGCAUCUAAAAACGGCUGAGAUUGAAGAAGGGUACACCAUGGAUACUAUUGUUUCUCGCCAGAAUCUUUUGAUGGAUGUGAGAGAUAAGCUUCUUUUUGAAGCAGAUUAUGCUGGUAAUGUAAGGGAAAAAGUUCCUCCAAAGUCAUCUAUACAAAUUCCGUGGUCAUGGUUGCCGGCUGCACUUUGCUUACUUCAAGAGGUCGGAGAAGAAAAGCUUGCAAUCGAUAUUGGGCGAACAGCAUUGCAGCACCCUGACUCUAAGCCUUUUGUUCAUGAUUUGCUUUUAUCUAUGGCUCUUGCAGAGUGUGCUAUAGCAAAAGUAAAUUUUGAGAAGAACAAGAUUUCACAAGGAUUUGAAGCUUUGGAUCGUGCUCAAAGUCUUCUUAAGAGCAAACCUUCACUUGAACAAAUGACAUUAUUAUCUCAGAUUGAAGAAUCUUUGGAAGAACUUGCUCCAGCGUGUACACUCGAGAUAUUAGGCAUGGCCCACACGCCAGAAAAUGCAGAAAGGAGAGUACGGGCGAUUGCGGCUCUGCAGGAAAUGCUUAGACGAGGGUUAGAGGUGGAAAGUCAAAGUCAUAUAGAAGACUGGUCAGCUUUUUUGAAUCAAGCUUUAAAUAAACUCACGGCUUCAGAAAUCGUUGAACUUCUUACAUGGGAUAGUCUAGCUAAUACACGCAAGAACAAGAAGUCAUUGGAGUCACAUAAUCAAAGGGUGGUUGUUGAUACAAGCUCUCUUUAUACCGUAAUGAUCGCUCAUUUGGCCCUAGGGUUUUCAAGCAAGCAAAUAGAGAUGAUUAAGAAAGCAAAAACUAUUUGCGAGUGUUUGGUAGCAUCGGAUGGCGUUGAUUUAAAACUUGAAGAAGCAUUCUGUUUGUUUCUUCUUGGACAGGGUGAUGAGGCUGUGGUUGUUGAAAGGCUGCAGCAACUUGAGUCAAAUUUAAAGGCAACUUCAAGAACGUUGAUAUCAGGGAAUAUGAAGGAUGCUUCAAAUGCCAAGAAGUUGCUUGAGUCAUGGGUAAAUAAUGCUGUUCUUGGUUUGUUUCCAGACACAAGAGAUUGUUCUCCAUCUGUGGAUAACUUUUUUGUUGCUGAAAAAACAGUUUCAGAAAGACGAAAUAGAAAAAAGCCAGCACAACCAUCACAUGGUCUAAACCACAGGCCAAUGUCUCCAUCUUUUUCAUCUGAUUGGCGAACUCGUGACGAUUAUACAUGUAGUUCACAUCUUGGGUCAACUGCUGGAUCAACUGUAAAGCAGUUGACUCCAUCCGACUUGCCGGGCCCCCCACCAAUAGCAAACAGUUUAAAAACAGAAAGCUAUCCAUCAGUUCAGUUAAAGAGAAACUUGGGUACACGUUACGAUAAAGUUUGGGAUAUUUGGUUGGGUCCAAAUAAUGUAGUUAAGUAUAUGAGUUUAAUGACAGUGGUGGCGUGUGUAUGUUAUGCUACUUUUAACCUGAGGGGCUUUCGGUUUUUAGGCCCGAGGCGGGCUUCUAGUUGGGCCAACAGUGGGCAAAGAGUGAACACAGGUUCACUUUCUCAUGGUCUAUGGGGAUCUGCUUUUAGUACGGGGAAUCUUAUUGCUGACAGUUUAAGGAAACUGUCGUUAAAGGAAAAGAAAAAAGUUAAUCGUAGAUAUGAAGCAGCAGGUUUAUGGGGUUCUAGAAGUUUUGCAAGUUCGGUUUCUAUGAGUGUUGAAGAAGCUGAAAAUCUUGUUAAGAAAUGGCAGAGUAUUAAAGCUGAAGCUCUUGGGCCUAAUUAUCAAGUUCAUAAUCUAGUUGAUGUUCUUGAUGAGUCAAUGCUUCUUCAGUGGAAGGGAUUGGCUGAGUCAGCAAAAGAAAAAAGCUGCUUUUGGAGAUUUGUAUUGCUGCAACUGUCUAUUAUUCGAGCAGACAUUUUGUCAGAUGAAAGGGGUAAAGAAACGGCAGAAAUAGAGGCUCUUGUUGAAGAAGCAGCUGAGCUUGUGGACGAUUCUUACCAGAAAAACCCAAAUUAUUACAGUACCUAUACCAUUCGUUAUCUUCUGAAAAGGCAAGAUGAUGGAUCCUGGAGAUUUUGUGAAGGUGACAUUCAAACCCAUCACGAUCCCAACAGUUGAUUAACUCGAGAAGGUAUAGAUUUAGUUCCCUCGACUUCUUAAUUACUUAUAUUGUAUUAUUUUUUUCACCAUUCUUAGUUUUUAAUCUAGUGGAACCCUGUUUUUAGGUAGGCAGUUUCAAAUGUAUAAAGUUGACUUUUAUUUUUUGUCAAAAGACUGAGUUAUUGUAGGUGUUAGAGUGUGUCACAUUGUUUCCACUGAGUUUAUGGACUACUCGUUGUUUGAGUUC